AUGAUUACAGAUGGAACAGUUGCACCGCUCAAUCGUCUUCGAACUAUUUAUGCUUUUGUUGCUGCUAUUGCUCUUUUUAUUUUUGGUAUCGGAGCAGCAAUUGUAGCUAGCAGUUGGUAUAAUUCUGCUGCACAAGAUGCUUAUCAUCAUAGUGCAGUUAUUGCUUCUGUGGUUGCUUUUGUUGGUAUGACAGUUUAUUUUGCAGAAGCUUUGGCUCGUAACCGCAAGAGUCGUAUCAUCUAA